UUGAGAUAGAAACAACAAAAUAUAUAUAUUCAAAAUGCCAGUCGAUGACAAGUCCUUCAUGGAGGAGCAACCCGGCAAGAUGUUCGAUCGUUGUCUGGCCAAUGGGAUUAUAAAGGGUGGUGGCGGGCUCAUCAUUGGAACUGUCAUAUCUCUGUUGUUCCUACGCCGACGUGUCUGGCCAAUGUUGAUCGGGACUGGAUUUGGUAUUGGGGUUGCCUAUAACGCAUGCGAAAAGGAUUUGAAAUCGAUUAAGUAGAGGCCAAGGAGUAUAUCAAAAUUAGACACAUACAUGCAUAGCUAUACCUACAUAUAUCUAUUUACAUAUAUAUGUAUUUACAUUUAGUGUAUUUGUAUUUAUAUGGUAACAGUGCAAGUGUGCAUAUCAUGGAGACGACCAAGUUGUAUGUUGUACUAGCUGUUGCUUGUUUGACUGCCAAUUAAAAUUCAAUAAAAAUACAUGCAAUUCCAA